ACCGAAUUCCCCCACUGCCAGAACAGGGAAAGGGAGAAAAGGGGGAGAAAUCCGCCCAAAUUCUCCCCCAAAAUAAAAAAAAAAUGUUUUAGGCUCGACUUGAAGUGGAAAUGAAGUGGAAAGCUCUGGAGGUUUGACAUGAGGACCACCUCCCCCUUUUGCCCUUUUUACCUGUCCUCCCGCUAAUGACGACAGGUGAGCAGGUGACACGAGUUCCCUGAAGGUGUCGACUCACCUUAGAAGAAGGAUAAAAAGGUUCAGCAGUUUCCAUCCACACAACACCCAGAGAGAAGCACUGUAGGAGAGCAGAGCAGAAAGGAGAAAACAUCAGAUUAAUUUUCUUUUCUCUCCUUCUCUCAGUCUUUAUUCUGGUCCUUUUUUCCAUUUUUUUUUUCGUAUUUGGUUAAAGCACAUCUUCUGAAUGGAAAAAAUUGAGAAAUUCGAGCACUACCUGGCUGGUACGACAAACUUCCCGUACAAAAUGAGCAGCUUUGGUGAUUGCAACUAUUCAGGUAUUGACAAUUUUAAGCUCUUUCAGAAUAACGUUCUCAAUGUCGAUCAGGGCUUGUCUCCCACAUAUCGGCAUUUUGAAUGUGCCUGCAGUAAGAUAUUCUCCAACAAAGCUGAUUUCACCCGACAUUUGAGAGUUCACACCGGAGAAAAACCCCACACCUGCCCAGAUUGUGGGAAAGAGUUUUCUCUCAAGGGAAACUUGACCAAACACAUGCAGCUGCACACAGAUGAGAAAUCUUACUAUUGUCCUGAGUGUAACAAGGCAUUCCUUAAAAAGGUGUACCUAGAUCAGCAUAUGAGAGUUCACACUGGGGAAAAACCGUUCAAGUGUACUGAGUGUGACAAAGCCUUCUCCCUAAAAGGUAACCUUACACAGCAUAUGAUGCUACACACAGGCACCAAAUCAUACCACUGUACAGUGUGUAGCAAAUUAUUUUUGAAGAAGAGUUACCUAACACAACACAUGCGGAUACACAGUGGUGAUAAGCCAUAUAAAUGCACUAUUUGUGAGAAGGCCUUUUCCCUUAAAGGAAAUCUGUCACAGCACUUGAAACGGCAUUCUGGAAUCAAGCCACACAAAUGUGAAGAGUGUGGAAAGUCAUUUGCUUUAAAGGGUGCUCUCAAUGAACAUAUCAAAGUACAUGGAGGAGAAAAGCCAUUUAAGUGUCUAGAAUGUGAUAAGGCUUUUAAUCGGAAGGUCUAUUUAGUUCAGCAUCAGAGAGUACACACUGGAGAAAAGCCGUUUGAUUGCUCAGAAUGUGGAAAGUCAUUCUCCCAAAGAAGCAUCCUUAACCAGCAUAUGAAGCAGCAUAGAGAAAGAUCUUUCAAAUGUGUUGAAUGUCAUAAAAUAUUUGUGAAGAAAAUCUGUGCUCCCCUAAACAAGCAGAGCAAACUAGGACUGGGGCCUAUGAUGUGCACUGAUUGCCAGGAGGAAUUAGCCAUGGAGGAAGCAUUUGACCAAAACAGUAGUCUUGAAAAUUCUAGCGAGCAUUCCUACAAGUAUAGUGCUUCUGAAGAGGACUUCUCACUCAAAUCAGCCAGUGACCACGACCCUCCAGAUGUUCCUGAGCUGCAGGAGCCUCUGCAUCGGCAUGAGCAGCUGCUGCAGGCCCAGUGUAAUGCAAGAAACCUUCUGUCUAGAAACAGUGAGAGCUCCAGAGAAACAUUCAAAGACAUGAUAACCAAGAGACCAGACUUCGACAGAAGACACACCCCUGAGUAUGAAGUUGAGCAAGAAAAAUACAAUGUGGAGUACAAGAAACUCACUACACUGUGGUUAAAUUCAAGGCAGAAUUUCAUCAGAGAACAAAAUGAGAUGGAUGUCAAAAGGAAUGAAGACACACCGUAAGUGUCAGUGUGGAUUGCUAUAGCACUGGUAUUAAAAAAAAUUCUUCAGAAAAAGUAUAUAGUACAAACUUCCUUGAUCAUUCAUUUCUGUCAUCAUUGAUAAAUGCAUUUUUUUUUUUUUUCUUUUUUUGUCAUGUCAGAAAAGAAACUGUAUUGCCUGCCAUAUGUUACGGUACCAUAUUUUUUUUCCUGUAUGCAGAUCAAUUUAAUCAGUAUUACUGGAGUAUGACCUGAAAGAAGCCUUGCUAAUACUAUAUUUUCUUAAUGGUUAUGAACCUAUUCAUGUACGAAAUGUAUUUCCCAUGGUUAUCAUUUAUUUUCUCUUCAUUUUUUAUAGAGUGGCCACCCUUUUACACUGUAUAGAGGACUGAUACCUCACUCUCUACAUUAUAUCUCAUGAUGACAAUUGCAUGUUGAAUAGUACAGGAAAUAGUUGCAAGACUGUAUUAGUUUAUGAAUGUCACGAUGUGUCUAAUCCAAUAGCUGUAAGGGAGUUAUUAUUAGACAUGUAAAUGUGCAGUCAUGGACUAGUUAGAUAAAGCCUUCUAGUAGUUCAGCACAUCAGUUCACAACAGUUACUGUAAUAAUAACAAAACUUAUUUUUUUCCUUUUCCAUUUGUUUCUUUCUGUAGGAUAUAAAAAUAAUUGUCCUUGAUUUUGAUCAUUCCCGAGAAGUUUGUUUGAAGCCCCCAAAGUGUAUAUACUCUACAGUAGGUAUGGAUGUGGAGGGAAACCCUUGAGUUAUGCACAAGUCCAGGGCUUAUGAGAAUCUAGCAGAUUUUGAAUUAAAAGAAUGUGCCAUUUGUUAUUUUUAUAUCACGCUGCUGGACUGCAAAAUAUUAGAAUCUUAAGAGUAUAUAUUGUAACUAAGGACAGAUCUUUAGUUGAGGCAACAUUAUUCGGCUAUACAGAAUUGUUAUUCAGAAUUUCUUAUAUAUUCUUAAAAAGAAUACUUGUUUUAUAAUUGCUGAUGAAUUACAUCCAGAUAGAGAUUUAUAAUUAGGCAUAUUGUUAUGAGUCUUUUAGAAUAAUGGCUUCAAUGGCUUUAAUAUCACCACUUUGAGCAAAUAUAUAAUGUUUACAUAGGUAUUCUUGCCAAUGCAUUGGCAGCAUCAUUAGUGCACACUUUUAUAUGUAUGUUCACUUAAUGUGUGCUCACACAACAAACACACCUGAAUAUAGAACCCAAAGAUACCUGACUUUGUACAAAAACAUCCUAAAGAAACUGAUAUUGAUGUUAUAAUGAGACAUACAGUACCUGUAAGUGUACUCUCAUACCCCCACCAAGUGGAAAAGAAACACACAUACACACACACACACACACACACACACACACACACACACACACACACACACACACACACACACACACACACACACACACACACACACACGCA